AUGCAAGGCCAGGGCCAUGACAUCCCAGGCCAUCAGGCCCACCUCCCUGGGGAGGACUCGGAAAGGCCGGGCAGCACUGCCCGUGCCAACCAAGAUCUUGCGACCCCCAGCAGCUCCCCUCGGACAAUCCGACAGGGAAACCCUUCGCUGUCCCUACUUCUCUCUCCACCCCAGACCUCACCAUUGAUACCGCUGGACGCAAUGGAUUCCAGCCCUCCGGCUAGUCAUCAUCAAUACAGCCCAGCAUAUCCACGCGGGCCCCGCCUCACUAGCACAAACGGAUCAUACCCCGUGUAUGACCCUAGCCGAGGAGCGCAGCUGAGAAGUGCUGCGGACCGUGCCAACCCUUACCGGGAUCGACUAGAGCGAGUUGAUCAUGCACGGGGGCAGGAUCGGGCUCGGAGCAGGAGUCCUAGGCGCUCGAUCCAACCCGCAGGUGUUCCCGAAUCCCGAGAAGCGCCAAGGAUUCCAUUUAUGGGAUUCAAUCAGUAUCCUCGGGAGAUGUAUAUCCCACCUGGCAUGAACGGCCGAAUGCCUCAUAAUCUGCCUAGCUCCUCCCCGACGCUACCUCCGAACAACGCCCAGCGUGGUGGUCAUGCUUCAGACAACCUAGGGGACUCUCCUGGACAUACUUACCCUCCCAAUGACGGCAACAUGUAUGGAUACCCCAACGACCAGCAACAAGUGCAGGGAUGUGACCCGGGACCUGACACACAGCCGGUCGACAAAAAAGAGGAUACCAACAAGAACGAUGAGGAUCACUUGUGUGAAUUUGCUGCUCCAUGCCGAAUGCAUCCCUCACCUGAUGGAAUGCACUACCGGAAGGUUGUCUCACAUGUGUUUGGCAGGAACAAAGCUGUCACCAAGCUGUUCCCACUGGGCGUCUGGGUCCAUUAUUGCCGAAAGCACUACCAGCGUGCCCGGUAUCGCGCAGACCAGUGGCCGUUUACGCAGUGUGACCUCCUGCUAGAAUCCCUGAACCGAAUGGAGAACUGGGAUGGAGUAGAGAGUUUCGAACUCAUCCUCCGCCGCCGAGAGCAAAUGCGAGUCGGACGUGAAAUCGAAGGCGCACCCAACACCGACACCUCCAACCAGAACAACACUACUCCUUCUGCCAGCCAGAGCCAAGAUCAGGACAACAAGUCCUCGGGCACCGUUACUCGCCCUCCGGGCCGUAAGCAUCCAACUGCCAUCAUCGCCCCGGUCCCAGACUGGCUUCGCCAACACGUCGGUCACGGCAAGACCUUCCAAGAAAUUCGGUACAUCAUCGAACUGGUGCGUAACCACAUGGUGAGGCUCCGGAACCAAGAACGAGCGCAGCAGCAGCUCAACCAUCUCCCCAAGUCCCCGAGUGCACCAGGAAGUCCUCGUCGAGGUGGUCAUUCGAACGGCCGAAGGGGGCGCAUCACUAAACCCGCGCACCGCGACCCCCUACGCGUGCGUGCUAGCACGGUUCGUUUCCCCGACGUUGAAAUCCUCCCUCAUUUCAAGCCUUGGGUUAAGGAGGCUGCUCUACGACAGCGAUCUGCCACUAACGGCCCCAUGAACGAAACGGAUCCGUUUAUCAAGGAGUACGAGGCAGAGCAGAGGAUCUCCGGAGGGGGCCAUGUCAUUGGGGAAAUCCAGGAUACCUGCGACACCAAUGCUCGCGCUGAAUCGAGUCAGCCGUCAAACGGCGACUUUGCGACUAAUCACACCACACCCCGUCUUGAUGACCGCUCCGAGUCCCUUUCUACUAUUGAGAUGACUGGGGCCAACCUCUCGCAGAUGCAGCCUCACAUUGGCAGGGCUGGGACCAACCGCGGCCAGUCUGAGAGCCAGCGGCGACGCAGCGAACGGGUCUAUAUCAAGGCCCUCGACCGUGUGCCUACCAAGAGACCCGGCAAGGAUGGUGAGCCUGGAAAGGAUGGUAACAAGUAG